AUGCACACCCAUCUACAGCGCCUGAUCGUGAAAUGUUCCAAUAAUACAGGAGGUAUGAAAGUACAGCCGACCAAAUUGGAAGUUGAUAGUGAACCCAUUUUCCUGAAACAACGUGUAAUUCCCUGCGGCCAACGUGAUGGUGUACGGCAGACCCUCGAGAAAAUGAAGCGCGAUGGCGUAAACACACGAGUCACAUCCAGUAAGUGGGCAACGCCAAUCGUUAUCGCGAUCAAAAGUGACUGCAAAACACCACAAAUUUGUGGCAAUUACCAAUUAACAUUCAACCCGCGGUGGCGAAAGUGUGCGAUUACCACCAUAGAACCGGAGGAUUUCAUGAAAGCAUUGCACGGUAGCAUAUACUUCUCGAAGAUUGACUUGGCCGAUGCAUACCUCCAGAUUUCGCUCGCACCAACCUGCCGGCAUUUCACCACUAUCAACACACCAUGGGGACUGUAUCAAUACAACUUCCUACCGUUUGGUCUCCACACAUUCUCCGGCAUAUUCCAGGCGGGGAGUGACGAAGACAUCCGCGGACUCGAUGGCGUGCUACCAGGACGACGUCAUUGUGUUUGGUACAACGAAGGCCGAGCAUGA